AUGUUACCUACUAUGACUUUCUCCAGUAUAUCCUGGAUCAUGCUUUCCUGCCUUAUACCCCUGUCUCAAACACAAGGUGUUGAUUUUGAGAAAGGUCUGCCCUCUGCAAAGAUCAUCUGUCCAAUGGACUCUGUGCUCUAUUACUCUUACUGCUAUACCUUAUUUAUGAAACCAACUACCUGGAUGGAUGCUAAUAUAGUUUGCCAGAAGCGACCCUCAGGAUCCCUUGCAUCUGUGCUCAGCAAAUCCGAAGCCUCCUUCGUGGGUUCAGUGGUCAGGAAUAAUUUGGAUAACAAUUCUGAUGUCUGGAUUGGACUUCAUGACCCCACUGAGGGCCUCCGACCUUAUGGAAGUGGAUGGGAAUGGAGUAGUACUGAUUUGAUGAACUAUAAUGCCUGGGAGAUAAAUCCCCCAAUUCCAUAUUCUGGCUACUGUGGAAGUGUAACCAAAAACUCAGAUUUUUUGAAAUGGAAAGAUAAUAACUGUGAUGCUAAGUUACCCUAUGUCUGCAAGUUCAAGUAUUAA